UCCCAAAAGUCUUCAUGUUACAUGCCCAUAAAAGAAAGACGAGAAAAAAAUCGUAGAGAUAGCUUUGAUCAGUAAACUGACCCAAUUUCAAUGACAGAGCUGAAAACAUCCAAAUUUGUGUUGGAUACAUGUCUCUGGGUCAAUGAAGAUGUCGGGUGACAUAUUUCAGUCCUUGGAAAACAACACCAGUAUUGAUGUGACUAAGUGGAAUCCCUUGCAGUGUUACCUUUGUAACGAGAAAUAUGAUGACCCCUGUAUAUUGUUGUGUUACCAUAGUUACUGCUCCCAGUGUCUGAGAGGUCGGGCCAGUGAGAACAAACUCAGCUGUCCACUAUGUGGGUGUGUAACGAAUCUGAAGGAUUCAGAGUCCUUGCCUUCUUCAGAUCAUCUGAUGAAAUUCCUGGUGGAUCAAAGUUCACGAGAAGAUAUGGAGCCAUGUGCCAAUUGUGAUGAGGCUUCAUCAGAAAUGUUUUUCUGCAAUACUUGCUCCCAGGCGCUGUGUCUGACCUGUCGUACAGAAACCCACAAAGCCAAAAUGUUUGCCAGUCAUGACGUGAUAAAUCUAUCCAAAAGGACGAAAGAGGUUCAUCGGGAAUGUCUAACUCAUAGGGAACCUUACAUCUUGUUUUCAACUGAAAAGAAAGCCAUGCUGUGUAUAAACUGCUUCAGGGACAUGAAAAUGGAAAGCCGGUCUCACUGUAUGGAUCUAGAAACAGCUUACACUCAGGGAUGUAAGAAGCUGGACCAAAGGAUGCAGGCUGUUAGAGAACUUCAGAAUUCCGCUAGAGACACCAUAUUCCUCCUGAAGGCCUUGCUCACAGAGAUACAGAAGAGCUCUGAGGACGAGAAGAAAGCCCUCACAGAUCUGUAUGACCUCAUGAUGGAAAAAAUCACCGAAAUGAAAACGGAGCUUCUGAAAGAAGUUGACAAGCAGUACCAAGAAAAAGAGAAGGCCUUUAAGAGGGAGUUAUCUACCCUGAGCACCCUGUUACCCACCUUACAUACUCAUCUGGUCACAUGUUCAGCCUUCACCAGCUCAGCCAAUAGAUUUGAAUUCCUAGAUCUGGCAUAUAUUUUGAUGGAUCGCUUGAAAUCCCUAAUCAAUCAACAGCACCCUCUUCACCCCUCACAGAGUGGACAGAUUUGUACUGACUAUAAAGUUCAGUACUCCAAGUGCCUGGAGCCUCUUUUGUUUCCCUCCAGAUCUCCCGGUCCACUGAGUAACGUCCGCACCGUGUCCCCCCUCACAGACUCUACCUCUAACAUUCCCAGUACCCUCCCUAUGUCCACCACAAUGACUACCCACACCUUGAACUCGCGGCAGCACUUCAGUGGCGGAUCUGUCCAGUUUGGUCGCCGCGGUUACACCCUGCCAAAAAUAUCCUUCACGGACACAAAGAGCACCUUUGCAGAGCAUUGUGGGGAAUUUGAAGCCUCUCAUAAACUUGUGUGUCAGCGCAUCGACAAGCUGAAGUUCGACGUCCAGGAGCUACAGAGAGACCUGACACUCCGGCGAUGUCUGAUCAAGUCAUCUUCUGUACAGGAUCUGAGAGAGGAGAUCACAGAUCUACAGAAAGACUUGGACGAUUUAUUUCUACUGACCGAGAAAAAACAACCUACACUAGAAAAACACUGGGAAGAAGUUAUAAAGAAAAUUGCCACAGAACAAGAAAUUUACAAAGGUCAGUUGAGUGAUAUCCUAAGACUGAAGCAGGAGACUGGACACAUGAACACGAUCCUGACUCAGCUCAACUCCUUUGUCAAGUCUAUUUCUUCUGUCACAGAGAGACUGGCUCCAAAACUGACACAGUCCAGUCAGGAGAGAGACCAUGACAGCAGUAUAGCGGCCAUGUUUGAGGAAAUCAACACCAUGCAGCCAGACUCACAACAAAGAGUUGAUGCUAUACGAAUGGCCGAGGAAGAAAGAGAAACUCUUACAGCAGUGAACAGAGUUAACCCCCUUGAUGAAGAACUAAUCAAAACAAAGGGAAUGCUAAAAGCUCCCUCGGCCAGAAGAGAAGGCGUUUCCAGGCGGAACUCAACGAAGAGGGAAUCUCGUGAAUUCAAAGACCCCCCAGCUGCGGAGUCCCCAACCAAGGAGGGUAACUCUGAACCCCCUAGUCCUCUUAAACCAAGUGUUGAAUCACCAGAAACGACAAAUACCCAUAAAGACGAUGAGAAAUGGACAAUUAAAGAUGAUGAGAAAUGUUCCAAGGAUUUUGUCAACUCAGAUGAUGCAAAAAGAAACUUGGAAAAUACCUUAGAGGAUAAAAAUGACUGCAUUUAUUCCAAAAGUCCUGAAAUAAUUAAGUCCCAGUGUGAUACAGGUGCACCCGAAAGAAAAGAUUGUUUUGAUGAUACAGGUGCUAACAAAAUUUGUGUCCCAGAUUUGGAAGUCACAGAAUGCAAUUCAGAUACAGAAGUGUUUGAAAGUAAUAGAAAAACAGAUCAAACUGCUAAAGUAGAAAAAUAAUCAGUAUGGUUGUGAACUGUUAAAAGUCAUUUCAGAAUGUGCCAACUUUUUUUUCACCACUGAUGUUUAAACAGUUAUAUACUUGGAUGUUAAAGGUUGUAAUUCUUAUUUUCACUUAUUUUCCACUGUUAUAUAAACAAUUUCACAGUAUUAUAGAAUUCCACCGAUAUACACUAUUUAUUGUAUAUUUUUUAUAUACAACUACAGCUUUACCAAUUCUUUUAUUUAAAAUUUAAAGGCAGUUUUUCAGAUAAAUAUUUUGAUUGUUGUAUACAAAUAUGCAAUGUUUGUAUUGUAUUUAUAUACAUGGCAACAUGAUAUGUAGAAAUCCACUAAUGUGUAUCCAUCAUAGUUCCACCUCAGGUUAAAUAUAUAUUAAACUUAAAUGACACAUCAUAAUAUUGAUAAUAAACCUUGUUUAAGGUCAUAUUAUAUAUGACCAGAGACACAUCCAAUUCAACAAGCUGUGAAUGAUGUUGAAAUGUUUUUUUCACAUUUCAAAACAUUGUCUUGAAUGCUCCAUCAAAAAUUUUGAAAUGUAAUGUUCUUUUUGAUACAUGUGUAAUAUUUUGGGUUAAAAUCCAUUUAUAAUAGUUUGAGGGGUUUUAUGCAUAAAAACAUGGAACUAAAAGGCAAAAAAAAAUUAUCCAUGCUCUGUUUUAAGGGAAGACUUCCAUUUCUUUUUUUUUUUCAACAGUUUAUUGUAAAUGAAAGAUAAAGACACUUUUGCCUAUGUCAAACUAAAAUUGGAAAUU